GCCGAAAAAUUGAUGGAAUUGCUGGAGAAAGAUGCACCUGAGGUAGAGCAGUUGGAUGACACCUCUCUGAAGCGUUUGAUCCUGACUUACGAGAAAAAGAGUUUGAAAAAUCAGGAAAUGCGCAUGAAGUUCCCAGAUAAUCCGGAAAAGUUCAUGGAGUCUGAAGUAGACCUCAACGAUGCUAUUCAAAGUCUUCAUAUUGUUGCCACUGCACCGGAACUGUAUCAUAUUCUUGUCGAAACGAAUGCAAUAACGUCCCUGGUCAGCUUGAUUCCCCACGAGAAUACCGACAUUUCAACAGCAGUCAUUAACUUGAUUCAGGAACUGACGGACGUGGAUACUCUCAACGAGAGCAAAGAGGGUGCUGACGUUUUAAUCGACGCCUUGUUGCGUCAGCAGAUAUGUGGUGUACUAGUCUCGAACCUCGAGAGGUUAGAUGAAAAUCUGAAGGAAGAAGCAGAUGGCGUUCAAAAUUCCCUGGCAACGAUUGAGCACUUGAUUGAUUUUCGAGGUGACGUAGUCAGCGAAGACGCUGUUUCUCAGGGCCUGAUGGUUUGGAUUCUGAAAAGACUAAAGGGAGCAAAAGGUUCUCCCGUUUUCGACGGUACCAAAUUGUAUUGUGCGGAAAUUCUCUCGAUUUUGUUGCAAUCGAGCAACAAGAACAGGAAAACUUUGGGCGACCUUGAUGGUAUUGACAUCCUCCUACAGCAGCUCGCUUAUUACAAGCGACAUGAUCCGUCGUCCGCUGAAGAAACUGAGAUGAUGGAAAAUCUGUUUGACUGUGUUUGUUCCUAUCUGAUGUUCUCGCCAAAUCGCGAUCGGUUCCUCCGUGCCGAGGGUCUUCAGCUGAUGAAUCUCAUGUUGCGCGAAAAGAAAUACAGUCGAAGUGGGGCUCUUCGGGUUCUUAGUCAUGCCUUGACCUCCGGGCCUGGGGACUCCCACGAGUUCGGCAGUGCGGCCGACAGUUGUGCCAAAUUUGUUGAAAUUCUCGGACUGAGGACUAUUUUUCCCCUCUUCAUGAAAACUCCGAAAAGUAAGCGAAGCGCGCCUGCAUCGCAACAUGAGGAACACAUCGUGUCCAUCGUUACUGCUCUGGCAAAGCAUUGUCGAGGAUCUCAACGUCAGCGUUUCUUGGCGAAGUUUGCGGAAAACGACUCAGAAAAAUUGGAGCGUCUGGCAGAGUUGCAUUUCAAGUACAUGGAAAAGGUCGGUCGAACGGACGUCCGAAUCGAGGGCGAAAGAAAGGGAAUCAUCGCUCGAGGAGAAGAACCCACUCCUGAAGAAGAUGACGAUUUUUAUCUGCAACGGCUUUCCGGUGGCCUUUUUAUGCUUCAGCAAAUCGAUUUGCUAAUGGUCGAAGUUUGUGCAGGUUGUCCUCCGCAGGUGAAGCAACGUUUGAUCGACUUGCUCAGCUUGCGUGGUGCAUCAGUCAAAGAAAUACGCAGCAUUCUCAGAGGUUCGGAGCGAUUCAUGAAAUUCCAAUUGAACAUCCACAGAAUCAUCGGGAUGCGGGUUAAUCAAAUUUAUGACAUUGACUGGAAAACGUACUUGAUUCGACUCCAGCGAACGGAAGAGAAAGCCGUUCUGUUGCUGGAAUCCGGGAACAGAAUUCAUUGCACCAACUACGAAUGGCCGAAACAACCAGCUCCGUCCAGCUUCGCUAUGAAAAUGCGGAAACACAUAAAAAACAAGCGGCUGGAAUCGUUGACUCAGCUGGGGGUCGAUAGAAUCGUUGAUCUCCAGUUCGGCUCUGGUGAGGCGAGUUAUCAUCUUAUCGUGGAACUCUACGACCGAGGAAACAUGAUCCUCACUGACCAUGAGUACGUGAUACUCAACCUUCUUCGACCUCGAACGGAUAACGAAGAACGACGGAUCGCCGUCGGAGAAAAAUAUCCUCACGAAAAUGCUCGCCUGGAUUAUCGAAUGCUCGACGCUACCUCUUGGGAAGAUGCCGUGUCAAAGGCGAAGCCCAACGAUAAUUUGAAAAAAUUGUUGAACCCGCGACUAGAUUUUGGUCCUGCUUUGAUCGAGCAUUGUUUGCUGGAAGCUGGUUUCCCGUCGAACGCUGCGAUUGGAAAGGGUUAUAUUCAUCCGGAAAAUGCCCAGCGAGUUUUAGAAGCCAUGAAAGCUGCCUUGGAGCUCUGUCGAGCAUCUUCUUUCAAUGGUUAUAUAAUACAGAAGAAAGAAACACGACUGAAACCUGACGCGUCGGGAGAAUCAGAAGAUUUUUUCACUUAUGCAGAGUACCACCCGCACAAAUAUAUUCAAUUCGACUCUGCUCCAUUCCUGGGAUUUCCUAAUUUUUCGGCCGCUGUGGACGAAUUCUAUUCCAAGCUCGAGAAUCAAAAACUUGACCUGAAAGUCGUCCAGCACGAAAAACUCGCCAUGAAGAAGUUGGAAAAUGUGUUGAAAGACAGAGAAAAUCGGCUCGCCGGACUUCAAGAAACGCAGGAAACGGACAAACGUCGCGGGGAAAUGAUUCAAUUCAACUUGGAUUUGGUGGAGAAAGCUUUGUUAGUUCUCAGGUCAGCGAUUGCGAAUCAGUUGAGUUGGUCCGAAAUUAGUCAAAUGGUGAAGGAUGCCCAGGAUAAAGGAGAUCCGAUUGCUGGUUCCAUUCGGCAACUGAAAUUGGAAAUAAAUCAUUUCACAAUGGCUUUGCGUGAUCCGUAUGAUAUUGCAACCCAAGAAGCGAAUAAGCCAAAAUUACCUAUCAAAGACGAA